AUGCAGAUGCCUGGACGCACUCACGAAACUUUUGGACACUCCAUGCGUCCACACCCAGCUUUCUAUCCGGACUAUGCCAGUAACGCGUGCCUGUCCAAUUCUUCAAAACCGAAUACGGGGAAAUCAUUCACAAUCGACGCAUUGCUGGCCAAGCCUGAUCAUACAGAGAAAGAGAGGACACAUCUCUAUAGGAACAUAAACAGUCAACCUCAACUGUCGACCACGGCCGUUCCAUUUGCGGCGCACAUGUACUCGCAAAUUCCACAGUUUGCGUAUAACCAGGGCAUUAUGCAUACACAGACAGGAUAUCCCGUUUUCUGUUAUCCACCCUAUAACUACCAGACACCGUGUCGAGGAGCUAUGUACGCACAAGAUGCAGUACUUGGGAAAGCUGGAGUGCACUCUCACUACAAACACAAAGCUGGAAAAUCAAAGAGAAUGCGCACCAGUUUCACCAAUGAGCAGCUGUCCAGACUGGAGAAAGAGUUUGCGCGUCAGCAGUACAUGGUGGGAUCAGAGCGCUUCCUCCUGGCGUCUGCUCUUCAACUCACUGAAGCACAGGUUAAAGUUUGGUUCCAGAACAGACGCAUCAAGUGGAGAAAACAGAGCCUUGAGCAGCAGCAGGCCAAACUGGCCAAACUAGGCAUCACAGUGCAGCCAAAAAGCCCAGGGUCACAGGGCAGAGAGGACGAGGAGAGAGAUUUCACUGAGGACUCUGAUGUCGACAUUGACAUCGACGAUUCACUUCAAGACUAAAAAAAUCACAACUGCUGU